GUUCAUAGUUGGGUAGCAUUGGAUUGGAAAAUGGCUGAAUAAUAUUUCUGUCACUUUGAAUUCGACCUAGUCAAUGUGAAAGUGAUAUUUUUAGUUUAAUUUAAAUAAUGUAUGUUUGAAAUUGUUCUUGUGUGAAAAUGCAGUCAAUAGUAUGGACAGGUAGACUUAUAUCGCGUGCUUUAUUGAGUGGACUUCCCAAUUAUUCAACUUGUGCAGAUACUAAUGUCAGUCGAAAGCGUGAGCCUCAGUUUCUUUCUGCUGUGUGUGGUUUUCCAAAAGAAUUUGCAAAUGCUAGAAUAAAAAAAGGACAAUUUGGAGAUGAUGCGUGGUUUACAGCAAAAUUCAAGACUGCAGAUGUAUUAGGGGUAGCAGACGGCGUGGGAGGUUGGCGUAACUACGGCAUAGACCCGGGCGAGUUCUCGGCGUUCCUUAUGCAGACGUGUGAACGCCUAGUGACGUCAGGUCGGUUUUCACCCCAUGAACCGGCCAGCAUGCUGGCCCGUAGCUACUACGAACUGCUAGAGAACAAAAAGUCCAUUCUAGGCAGCAGUACAGCGUGUGUGGUGGUGUUCACACACACCCUUCCAGCUCAGCAUGCCUCCCCCGGUCACAGUGCAUCUGUGCUCAGCGACAGGCCAGACUCGGCAGACACUUGCAAUUUCCCGGUGGAGGAGGGUGACGUUAUCCUGGUGGCAACAGACGGUGUGUUCGACAAUGUGCCAGAUCAGCUGUUGUUAACCGAACUGUCCCGGGUUCAGGGCGAACGAGAUCCGGUCAAGAUCCAGCAUGUGGCCAAUAGCAUUGCUUGGAUGGCACGCUCGCUUGCCUUUGACGACAAAUUUAUGUCCCCAUUUGCCAUUUCGGCGCAGGCUAAUGGCAUACAUACUGUUGGUGGUAAGCCUGACGACAUAACUGUGCUGUUGGCAACAGUGGCCUUCUGAUAGACGACUCCUUUUAGACUCCAUAGUGCUCACUUCAAUUUGAUUAAAAUUUUAAUUUUAAAAUUACAAUCAAAUUCUGUUUUGUAAGUUAGUGCAGUUUUGUCAUGUUCUGGAGAUCAGCUUCUUCGAUAAUAAUCAAUUAUUAUUGAUUAUACAUCUUAAUCAAUGAUGACUAGCAUCAAUAAUGAUUGUUUUGAAGAAGACAACGAUUAAACGAAUGAAAAAUUUAGUGAAACGUGUGUGGGUGUGUGUGCGUGUGUGUGUUAUAUAGAGUAGAAUGUGUUAGUGUCGAAAAUAAAAAUUUAGGAAACGAAAAAAUUCGAACAAUCUUAGUCGCUUUCAAUGAAUAAAUUCGAACAAUCUAAGUCGCUUUCGAAAUGAUGGAAAUAGAUUGGAGGCCAUUUUCCUUUAUGAUGAAUGUUUUUUGUUGACCCUAAAGAUUAUAAUCUGGUUUGUGCUUAUUGUAGAAAUGUUGAGUGCUAAAAUCGAGUCUGGUUAAAAAUUAAUCAAUUUUGAUCGAUUAAUGAUUAGUCUCUGGCUAAUUAAUCUAUGAUUCCUAUUGAUUGGUUAUCGGUAUUGAUUAAGGUUCAGUUUCUGGUCAAUUAAUUAUUUUAUGAUUGGUUGAUUACAAUAAUUGGACUUAAUCCUUUGAUGGUAAUGUGCUAUCUAAAACAGUAACUUUGUGCUAUGAUUUGUAACUUUUGUGAAUUAUGUUGAAGGGUGGAUGUAUAUGUAACGUUGAUCAAUAUUUGACCGGCUAUUAAUGUUUGACCAAUGAUCAUUGGGACUGUCAAAAGUGCUAUGAUUCAGCCUAUAAAUAUUCUGUUUCAAGUUACUAAUGGUUAGGUACUGUACUUGGACUUGAAGAAACUUAAGUGUAACAGUUUUUAUUUUGUCUAAGAAUAAAUAACUCUGUAGCUAUCAGUUUUCUAGAUUGUUUACUAUAUAUAUAUCUCAAAAUAUACCAGCCAUCUUUGUAAAUUUCAGGUGCUUUUCAAGUCUUUUUUUCAGUUUUAUAAUUUCUUAUUGUAAUGAUAAUAUUAUUUUGUGUGAUUUGUAGGUUCAAAGAAUUAUAAGAUUUAUUUUGUAGAAACAACUCACGAGUUGGCAAGUAAAGUCUAACUUUCAAAUUAAUUUCGACCGGUAAAAAAUAGAAUACUAUUAUUUUUAUGGGAGUGUCCAUACUGUUGAUGUGUGAACCAUCUAAUAAGAACCUAUGAUAUUCUUAUUUCUUACCAGCAGAUUAGAAAGCAGGCUUUAGUAAUCCAAGUUCAGCCAUAUUGUUUGUUUUAUAUUUAGGCCGGUUGUACAAAAGCCGGUUAAAUAUUAAUCGUGAUUAAUUUUGCAAGAACUAAUCAGUUUUCUCCUGAUUGCUUCUCCUGGAAUUAAUCACGGUUAAAUUUAACCGGCUUUUGUGCAACCGGCACUGAAUUUUGUAAAUACAUCAUAGUUGUAUAGUUAGUAAUAAAUAAAUAAAUAUGAUUUUUUUGUGUGUUCCAGUUGUAUAUUAUUAUAUUACUAUAGUAUGAUUCAUUUAACUUGGCAGUAAGCGUGGGAUCCAGGUAUAGUAUCAAAUCUGGACGAGAUUGCUGUCAAGUUUAAUUGAAUCGUUGUGUGUGAAUGGGACAGAUUUGAAUGUGAAUAUAUUUUUCUUUAUUUUUAUCACUCUGCUGUGAUGGAUUUAGUUUUGUACUUUAUUUUUGUAGUUUAUAUUAUAGUUUGAUUUAAGAGAUUAUUUUUCAAAGAUGGCUGCAGCAAAUCGUGGAUAUUCUGAAGAUUUUCUGAGAGUUGUUUUGAUAGAAAAAUUGGUGGAAAUUUGUCCAUUUGUGAAAAUUAACAAUUUGGUUGGUUGAACUGUCAGCUUUCCUGGUAUUACAACAUGAAUGCUCCCCAUUUAAACAACGCUGACAGUUUUUACCUUUUUCAAUUUAUUGUAAUACAGUAAUAUUUUAAAUAAAUCUUUGCAACAUUUAUUCUGUAAUCUUACAAGUCUUGAAUUUUCUAAACGUUUCUUGUAUUUCGAACUGGAUUCAUAUUUUUCUUCGAUUUGUGGAUGAAUAUGAUGGAGAUCAAUUAAAUUCCUCCCAUCAUUUUAUCAUACCAAAGAUUACUGUAGAGUUAUAAUAUUAUUAAGAGCCUAUCUUCUGAAAUUAGGUUCAAGAUAAGUGAAAUUAUUGUGCUAACCACUCAGAUAUUUGUCUUUUUUUGUAAGAUCCAGUCUGCAAUUCAGAUAUUUCUCAUGAAAGUGUAAAGUGGAUUGACAGUUUGAAAUCUAAAAGAAAGACUUAUGUAUGUGUUUAUCAUCAAUUUUCUAUUAUUUGCUUCAGUAAGAAAAAAAAUUGAAAAUUUCAACUCAAAUUCUGAAUUUUAUAUUGUAGAAAACUGCAAAUUCAAGUCGAGAAUCAUCAUAAAUGCAAAUGAAUAUCAUAGAAUAUUGUGCCCUUUUAUGUACAGUUCUAUGAUUGAUUUAUGGAAAUUAUCAAUAAUCUUUUGAAUUUAAGAGACAAGACUAUUGUUUUCUGUAAAUUUAUGCAACUCAUUUCUAUAUCAUAGUUACCAAAUAAUUAUAACUUGAAACUGUUAUAGUUUCCCUCAUUUUGAAGUAACGGUAAUGAAAGGUAACGGAUUUGAGGAGCUCUAUUCCUUUGUAAAAAACCAAACAUCACAAUUUAUUUAAUAUUACCUAUCUGUCAUGAUGCAAUUAAUUAUAUCCAUUGUUCAAUAUUGUUGUCAAUAUCAAUCAUUAAAUCAUAAAAUUUGAGAAUAUACUGUCUUAGAUACGAACAUUAAGCAAUACUUUUUAUACCUAUGAAUAGUAACCAAACCUGUAAUAGAAAAAAUAAUAUUUUUAUUUAUACUGCAAUGCAAAAUAUUCAUCUAAAAGUUUUUAGUGAGAGAGAAUAUAGGUUUUUUGUUGAGCAGUGAAAAUAUAGAGUAUAGUCAUACUUUCUGUUCAAAAUCGGUAUUUUAUGUUGAGAUUCUUAAGGUGCGUACAGAUUUACGCGCCGCGAACAUGAGCAAUUCACUUUUAAUCAGCUGACUAUAUCUGUAUUUUUACAGACAUAUUCAAUUCACUUUUAAUCAACAGAUAUAGUCAGCUGAUUAAAAGUGAAUUGCUCAUGUUCGCGGCGCGUAUAUCUGUACGCACCUUAAAUAUUAAACUGAAAGUGCAUUUUUAAGCUGGAUCUUAGAUACAGUAAUAUAUCAGUAGGCCUAAAGGCGAUAAUAAAUGUAUUUUUUUUUAUUUGAUGACCCAAUGAUGUAACUAAAGCUAUUAGAUUUAACCAUCCACUUCAUCAGCAAGCAUUGGUUAUACUGUAUUAAAUAUAUUUGAUAAUAGUUGUAACAAUUAUGAAUAAAUAACUGUUGACUUAAA